CCAACUGGCGGUCGUCAAGAUGGUUGAUGUCCAAACCAAAUUCAGUGAUGAAUUAUCGAGCAGAUCGAUGUAUAGGAAAUUGUUCGAGAAACAGGUCGAAUUCGUGCCGUCUCUAGACGGAGAUCGGCGACUGAAGCCGUCGAGAAGGGCGUUGCCGGUUAUUAGAGACAAGGAGAGUUUGUCUGGCAAGAAUCACGGUUUAUUGACAGAAAAGCAGAGGCUGUGGGCAAACGCCGCAACUAAUGACAGCAAGACCGAAAAUCCCGUAUAUAGAAGGCAUGAAAAGCAGUCCACAUUCAACCAGAUCAAGAUGACUGACGACGAGUUGAGAUCGUUAGAAGUGAGAGGUCUUCCAGAUCAAAUUCCCGCCAUCUCAACUGAAUCAAACGUGCUGGAAAGGAUCCAGCUGAGUCGAAAACAAAGACACGAAACUGCAGUUGACGAUAUGCAUCAGGAACUGAGUAUUCUCGGAAAUGAUUUUGAGGCACAAAUAGAGGAGAAUUGCCAAAUGGUUAGAGACAACUUGAGAGCGAACGAUCAAGACAUUGAAUGUUUGUUCAAGAAAAUCAGUGAAGAUGAGAUGUUGGUGAGAUACUCAAUGCCUCAACUCAGUGAUUUAUGGACUACAGUCACCAUGCAAGCGUCUGCUCGUCGUCAAUGGAUCACGGAACUUGACGCAACACUUGAGAGACUGGAGCAGGACAGAUCUAUCAUGAUCAGUGAGAUACUCAAGUCAUACACUGAACGACUGCAAAGUAUAGCCUACAUAUCUCCUGCUGAUAUCAACAAAUUAAUAGCCAAUGAAAUUCUGAGCAUCAAUUUGUCAGUGUUGUCUAACAGACGAUCGUAUGCUGAGCUCUACAGCAAGCUGAUGACAGCCGAUUGCGAACGUGAACGACGACAGCUCAAUCUAUGGUUGAACAGAGUCACCGACUGGCGAGUACUGAACUGCGAACUAUCGCAGUACAUGUUUGUUCAGUAUAUGAACAGCUCCAAGAUUGUCAAUCCUCCGGAAGUCCGCAGACUCAUGACUCUCUUAACCGUCGAGCAAGCGCAGUUGAACAAACGAAGGCUGGAAUUGAUUGACAAGAUGAGUGUGAUGAAACCACCUUCAGCCACGAAGACGUUUGUUUAUGAUUGGCAUUCAUCACUACAGAGAGUGCAGAAGGAGUUUGGUGAGAGAGUUGGUGGUGGAUUGUUUGUGUUGUUGUGUGGGAGUGUGUUGUGUGUAGGGAGUUUGCAUGGUAGGUAUAUGACUUUGUUUGCGGAGGCACAGACUGCUGUGAAUGCUGAGUGUAUUGAUGAAAUGGAGAGAUGCAGGGUUGCAUUGCUGGAGUCUGAUGUUUGCACAGAACAGACCGUCUACGACAUCAUCAAUCAAUGCUUCCUUCCCAUGAUCGAACAACGCGAAAAACAAGCUACAGCUAUGUUAAACGACGUAAAGAGAUCACUUGACUCUGUGAUGUCAUUUCAAGACUCUCAACUUCAGUCUCUGUUCCAGUUUGCUCAAGGAGCUGCUCACUUGUGGGAUGAACAUCAGCUGGCGUCGACAGAGCAGGAGAAUGGGUUAAAAACGGAGCUGGGAAAGAGCAGGCAAGCACACGAUUCAAAUAAUCAAUUGCUGGAAGCUGAACUGGAUCUUAUUAUGGACAGAAUGAGACAGGAUAAGACGGAAGAGAGUUUGGCUGGCAAUUUGAAGCAAGCGCUAACAAUGCUGGAUCGAAUAAGGGAAGGCUAUUCCAGUUUUCACAAUGAAGUCAUCAGUAAGGUUGAUGUCUAUCCAACUGCAGUGCAAUCUGUUGUGGUCGCGUACGACACUGCAGUGUUGAAAUACUUCUCGGUUGAUAGGAAGCCUCUUGCUAAACCAAAGAAGAAGGGACCGAGGGUGAAGAACAAGGGAGAUGGACGUCAGACUAGCAUAGGAGGACGGCAGUCUGUUGGGAGUUUGGAUGCUAGUGUUAUGGAGAUUCUUUCUACUGCUGGUGGUGUAACGUUCUAUGUUCUCUCCGAUCCUGGUGAACACGGCUUGGGAGUGAACAAUACGGCAAGUAGUGUAUUUGUCACACAAAGUGAUGAAAGUGAUCAAUCAAAUGAAACUUGGAUAAAGAAUAUUGUGAUACAAGAAGGAAUUUUUAUGGAGGUUCGAAAGAGUAUGCGGAUGGAGUUUCUUGAGCAUCUUGAAGAGUGGAAACUAAAAGCCAUCGAUCUCUCCAAAAACGUGGUAAAGACAAAAAAGGAAGAGAUCAGCAGUGAGCUUGACUUACGUCUUCACCUACAUGAGCCACGUGCUGGUAGAGUUGAGAUGGACAUUCACAAUGUUCGAGCAGGUGAGUUGGUCGUGCAUCGUGAUCGUGUUCAGAGACACGGUCGAGGAAUUGUUAACACGUUGACUGAACAGAAGGCCAAAUUUGCUGUGUUGUUGGAAUCUUGGAAGACUAUGUCUACACAAUUUUGUGAUGCAAUGCAAGAAAAGAUGGAAGCCGUACAGGCAGCAGAAAAGAUGAACAAGCUCUUGUCUAUUCAGAAGCAAGCACGAGAAAGCCAAACCAAUUAUUUGUCUGACUUGAGGUCGGCAAUGAAAUCACAUCAGCUUCAUCUCGAGGAGUCUCUACACGAGCUACAACAGUCAAACUCGAAAUUCAGUGAAUCACUCAAAACGUUUGCUGAUGGAGGAAACUUUUGUCUUGAGGAGGUUAGCGAAUAUGGCAAGACUUUGUCUAAGUUGAGUGGACGGAUUGAGUCAGUGGAAAGUGCGUUGCAGCAUGACUUGAGUAGUUGGGAGAAACGGCUUGUGGACACGGCUAAUACCGCGAUGAAACAAUGGGAGGAGAAGUUUCGUCAUCAUCUCCUAGACUUGACAUUUGUUGAGAAAGUCAGUCGGUUGCUCACCAACGUUCAGGUGAAAAUCAAGGGCGAAGUUGCGGCGAGUAAUUCUCAGACGCAGAUGCUUAUCGACGCUGUUGUGGAGUUGGAAAAGCGUUGUGAUGCUGUCGAAAGUCCGAAUCUAGACAAAGAGCAACUCACAGCCGAACAACUACUCGAUUCCUUGCCUGAAAUAUUCAAGCUCUACAAAGAACGAGUCGCCUACUUAGACUGUUGCGCCAUAAAACAUGCUCUGAUGACACAAUCAAGACUGGAGACGGCCACAUAUGUGGAAGGCGUUCCACAUGUAGCCACAUUCACGCGAUCAAAAGCAACUCAUAUAAGGGAAAGUGCUUCAGGUCAAGCGACUCAUAGAAAGGGAAGUGCUGCAGGCCGAGGCAGCGCUUUAGGACAAAAGAGUGGUUCACGAGCGGGUAGCAUUUCAAAGCAAGGAAGUACGCUGCCUGUGUCGAAUCACACAGAGUUGCAGCAACUGUCAAGCGAUCACGGGCCGAUUUCGGCAAUAAACUUGACCAGGAGCAUACUGAAACAUACGCAGGCUAAGGAACACAAACGGUUUUCUAUCGACGACGUAGCAUCUCAGUCAAUGACAUCAAUGCCCUGUCCGCUUCCCGCAAUGGACGCCAGUGCAAAGAUCAUGUCUGUGAGCUUAGCAGGUAAUCUGGACAAACAUUUAUUGAACAAGCCGACUACAAGUGCGUUAGGACGAAGGAAGGCGGGAAGUAAGAAGGCUGAGAAGAAGUAUGCAUCGUUUGGAGAUGAUGAUGACGAUUCAGAGAACUUUUUGUCUAAAAUUCGUAAAAUCCUUAUUAAUGGCAGAGACAGUCUCUUCUUAUCGUGUGAUCUUUUUUAUAAACAGAAAGGAAGUCGUGUUCUUACUCGACCUGCACUGAUUCACGAUUCUCUAGAACAGUGUACUGAGGCUCUUAAUGCACGACUGCAGUCAUAUAGAGCUCAAGCAGAGUCGUAUAGGAAUUCUUGCAUACAAGAGCUAACAGAUCAACUGUCACGUCUCUCUUCUGCUCUGUUGCGUGUCCCAACCGUUCUAUUCAGAGAUCUGCUGAGAGAGGAACUAGAGAAGCUGGAUUACACAUUGACAGACGCAAACAGACAACACGAUCAACACGUAGACAGACUGAACAAGAAGAAGACAGUCCACGAGUCUGAGUUGAGGGUAGUUUUGGGUCAUCCAAGGAACAGUGAGAAGUUAACGAGGCUCAGCACGGAUGAGGUUAGUCGAAUAGAUGAAGUGGAAAGAGCAAUCAAUGAGCAUUCUGGAGUGCUGCAGACGAGUCUAGUUACUUUGGCUCAAGACUUCCUGUCUCGUAUCUGCGACUUAUCAGAGCGGUCCCUACAUAUCUUCGAUAACAUGACAACAACACAAGACGUCAUCACAGUUGUAACAGAACCCAAGAAGAAGACCAUGAAAGAGUUACUGAAAGAAGGCAUCAAUCAACGAGAAACAGUGUUUCUUCCUGCAGCAUCAACUGCAUCUAGAGCCACAUUGAGUGGGACAACGUGGCCAGGUUUGCCUGUUGGAGAACUAACUGUUGAGACUGCUGGUGGUACUAAGAAAUUGUUACCGAGUGUGAAGACGACAAAGGCAACUGAUGUCCAUCAGAUAGUGAUAACUUCUCGAGAUCAAGCUUACCAGGAAUAUCUCGUCAACUUUCGAGCGCAACUGCUACGAAUCGAAGACAACAGACAGAAGCAGCUAGACACAUCGAAGAGGUGGAGAGAAAAAUGGCUGCAGUCUGUUGUCAGAAUUAGACAGCUUUAUUGAUAUCAACUACU